GCUGAAAAUGAGUUAAGGAGAAGAGAAGAUGGGUCAGUCUCUGAGGCUCCAAACUCAGAUGUAUGGAUCUUGUAUGAAUAUUAUGAUCCAUACAGCUGAAAUAUGAUUGCCACCUGCUUCAUUCAAGACUACACCUAAAUAAAAAUGCUCAUUAAUUUGGUUGGAAAUAGAGAAGUAAAUAUUGUUCAGUGCCCUUUUCUGUGCCUGGCACCCACCUCUGCUGAGAGCUCUGGUGCGUGUGAAGGUGUUUUGUAAUCUAAUGCUUGAAGUGUUCUGGGUAGCUCAGCAAAUCUGGGGGAAAGCUGCUGGAAGUAAAACUGCAAAGAAAUUAUUUCCAUUCAGUUUCUUUGCUAAUUUAUGAUUGCAUUUUCAUAGCCUCUCUCUGCUGUUUGCAUUCUUCUUCUGCGCUCUGAGUCAACAAGUCUUGAAAACAAAAGCAAAUUCCUCGCAAUAUUUCUGAACUAAUUUAGUUUGCAAGCAUUGAAGUACCAUAUUGUGGAGUCAGAACUUGAACAAGAGUUUUAUUUUGAGCACUGAAACAGUCCCUUGAUUCUUCUCGGCAACUAGAAUACAUCUCAACAACCUCAUGCAAGAUCUCAGCUGGGAAAGAAUGCGAUUUUAUCCCAGCUCUGGAAAUGCCUGGAGGCAUCAGACUUACGUUCCCUGAACUAGUCAGAAGCUUUGUAAUUGCCAGAAUACAAAAGAGUUCUGUUUUGCUUUAAAAAAACAAACCAAGGUAGAACUGGUUCUCUGUUACAGCGAUCAACUCUCUGACUUGGUCUGUCUUUGGAUUGCUACACCUGUUUAUUUUUAGAAUAUAAUUAUGGUGUGUUCUGUGGUUGAUGGCCAAGUUUUGGUGCCUGUGAGCACUGAUGGGAAUGAACAGCGAUCGUGUCCUCGCUUUGCGUGAGCAUAUGGUCACUGGUACCAGAUCUUCCAGUCUGAGAUCCUCCAUUAUUCCACUACAAUUGGUUUUGGCAGAGCCCCUCUCUUGAACCAGGCCUUGAUGGCUUCACGGAGCUUUUUGUAAGGGCUGGAACCUGCGUGCAUCCACCUUAUGUAGAGUUGGAGCUCAAAGGUAGUUGCCAAGAGUAGCCUUGCAGGUAGUAGGAGGGAGUGUCUGGAAGCCAGAGAUAAUCAGUGCACACAACAGCAGGUAUUCUGUAUGUUCCUGGCUGUUUCUGGUUUCCUUUUCUAAAAAUACCCAUUUUUUUGCCUAUCUUACUCUUUCUGUACUGUUCCUUAGACCCUUUUUUACUUCUAUGGUGUCUGCAAAGGAAUAAGUGUGCUCUUUUCCAUGCACUCUUACAAAAAGAAGGAUGCUUGCAUUUAUUAAAUUCUCUAAUGAGCAGAAACAGGAAUUCAGCAUAUUUUACAGUGCUCUUUUCAGCAUUCAAAUGUUGAAAACUCUAAAUUCUUCUAAGAUUCUUAAUUGCUGAACGAGUCAUUUCAAUUGCUCAUUUAUAAAUAAGUCUUUUUUUAUAUGUAAUACUUUUCUGGUCUGAAGCAAUCCUGUUAUAGUAACUUCAGAUCUCAGGUUAUGAUGUGCUCCUCUGGUCAAGUAAGUCACUGAGAUGAAGCUGAACAUAAUCCUAAGAAGUGAAACUCUUCCAGUUCUGCCUGGAACAGAUUGGUUAAUCUGCACACCAAAAGAGCAUGUCCAUCCAGUGUGCCAGUGCUGCUUGAGUUGUGAGGGCAUGACCUUCGAAGAGCACUUGAACACAAUGGGUUGUGAAACAGCAGUGUUAAAUUGCCAUUGUUAACCCGGCUACCUGAAAUGGUCAUCUGCAUUUUCUCUCCUUAAGGCUGCUACACAAUUCCUCCUUUGCCUCUGGAAAGACUGUGGCCUUUCCUCAUUGUCCAAGUUAAAGUAAUCCGCUAGACUUCAAAUCCCUUACACUUGGUCAGUCAGCAGCUGGAAAACAUCUGCUCCUCACUUCCUUGUGAGGUCUUGGUUUUCCCACCAUCAGUUCUCAGCAGUUGAGUUUCCAGAUCUCUUCCACCGAUAACCUUGGAGACAGUUUUGCCAGGAACCACCUGAAUUCUUCGUAGCAGAAUAGGUUGCUGCCAAAGGGAUGGAGAAGAAGAAUCCGUAGAUUUUUAUCCAAAGAGCAAGAACUGUGGAUGUGAGACUUCUGAGACUUUUUUCCCAAGGGUGUGCAGUCCUGUGUUGUUACAGGCUGAGGGGGUGUUUUUUCAGCUUGCAGAUUAUUUCGUGCUUUUACCAGAAUUGAGUUUUAUUUGGUGACAUUCAAUGUGUAUGUUGAGAAAUUUUGGUUUUGAAGUGAAAGUGAAACUGACUAGAAAGUGAAAACAGGAAUUUUUCAUUUCGGAGAGUUUCCUAUAAAGAAUGGAAGAGGAAUGGGGGAAAAGAUGAGUUGUUUUAAGAACAAGAUUCAUGGUAAAGCCAUAAUACGUAUGCACAGGUUAAAAAAACCCGGAGUGGCAGCAGGAUUAGGGAGCGAGGGAACAAUUUUCAGCCUCCUGGUGUUCCACAAAAGAUGAUAAUCUCAAGUUGUCACGUGCAGCAUGAUCAACAUGUCCCAAGAAUUCACUGAAUUAAACUGUUUCCAGGAACAAAACUAAUAUUUAUAUUGAGACAGUUCUAUCAGUUUUGUUGAAGUUUAUAAUCAGCUUUAUACAAAAAGAAAAACCUUCUGUAGGGUUUGAAAAUCAGCCUCAGUUUGGCCUUUAUUUGGUCCCAGUGUAUUCCGUAGGAUUCAAAUUUCUUAUUUUUGUUGUCUGCCUUUACAGAAAACUCUUUUGCAACUUGUAGAUACAAAAUGUGGGUGUUUUUUCAUUGUCUGCAUUUGUUUGGAAACCUAAUGACAACAUUUUGACUUUCCACUUAUUUCAAGAAUGCUUCGUAUUAUAUAUUUUCAAAUCUUAAUAUGGCCAAAUUUCUGUCCACAGCUCUUAAAAAAUGUAUAUCUGAAAGCCUGUCUGUUCCCAGGGUAGCUGAAAUGACAUGAAGAACAAUUAGCAUAACACUUUGUACUCUGCUAAAUCAUGUCUGGAUCUUUAGACAGCUUUGUUCAGUCAGACUCAUCUUGCUGCUGUGACUCAGUGGAUGGCACACUCGCUUAAAGCUGGCGUGGGUCCACGGGAGCCUGUCUCUACCAGGUGCUGCCAUGAAAGCUUUCACAAUGUGAGCAAGGCAAGAAAUGCGAUCUUGGAAUCAUGUCUUAAACCUGACCAUGUGGAAGUUAAACGUUCUUUGGAGUGGAACCAUCAUAUCAAUGGAGCGACUCACAGCCGACGCUGUCAACUGCUGCUUGAAAUAUACCCAGAAUGGAAUCCUGACAGUGAUUCAGGACAUGGAAUGGGUGAUCCCUUUAUGUUGCAGCAAUCCACAAACCCUGCACCAGGAAUUCUGGGACCACCACCACCUCCAUUUCACCUUGGAGGACCUCCUGUUGGGCCAAGAGGAGCUGGGAAUGGGAAUAUGCAAGGACCGAGACACAUGCAGAAGGGCAGAGUGGAAACAAGCAGAGUUGUUCACAUCAUGGAUUUCCAGAGGGGAAAGAACUUGAGAUACCAGCUGCUUCAGCUUGUGGAGCCAUUUGGAAUAAUUACAAAUCACCUGAUCCUAAACAAAAUCAAUGAGGCAUUUAUUGAGAUGUCAACCACUGAAGAUGCCCAGGCUGCAGUGGAAUACUACUCGACAACACCUGCGCUGGUAUUUGGCAAACCAGUGAGGGUCCACCUGUCCCAGAAAUACAAAAGAAUAAAGAAACCUGAGGGUAAACCUGACCAGAAAACUGAACCACCAAAACCAGAGCUUGGUCGUGUGAUUCACCUCAGCAACUUACCUCACUCGGGCUACUCUGACAACGCAGUCCUCAAACUGGCUGAACCCUAUGGGAAGAUUAAGAACUACAUCCUCAUGAGAAUGAAAAGCCAGGCUUUCAUUGAGAUGGAGACCAGAGAAGAUGCUUUAGCUAUGGUGGAGCAUUGUGCCAACAAAGCGCUUUGGUUCCAAGGCAGAUGUGUGAAAGUGGAUCUAUCUGAAAAAUACAAGAAACUGGUGUUAAGGAUUCCAAACAAAGGAGUUGAACUGCUGAAGAAGGAUAAAACCAGAAAGAGAACAUAUUCUCCAGACAGCAAAGAUUCUCCAAGUGAUAAGAAGUCUAAAACAGAUGCUGCUCAGAAACCUGAAAGUGGCAAUGUAGAAGAUAAAGUGAAAGAGGAGAAACAAGAUGAUGCUGCUGAGCCGUCGGGCACUAAAAGCACUGCACAGGCAGACCAGGAUGAGCCCAGUUUACUCCUGGAGUCGGAAGAUGAGCUGCUCGUGGAUGAGGAGGAAGCAGCAGCACUGCUGGAAAGUGGGAGCUCAGCAGGAGAUGAUGCAGAUGUUGCCAAUUUAGCUGAUGUGACUGCUGAAGAGAAAAAGGACACAGCUGAGGAUGUGACCAUUAAAACUGAGGGGAACGUUGCAGCCAAUCCAGCAGCAAAGAAGAAGCUUAAGAAGCGCUACGUGGGAGGCUUUCCACGGAGCAUGGAAGGCUUUGUCACUCUGGAUGAGGUUGGCGAUGAGGAAGAUUCGGAUCAUCAGAAACUCCGCAAGUCGGGCUUGGUGCUGAAAUCUGCUGGCAAAACCGAUGAUAGUUUGGCAGAAAUCAAGGUAGACAAGAUUGAGGAGGCAGAGCAGGAAAAUGAAACCUUAGAAAAUGGAACCAAACCCGAAGAUAACUUGAAGGCUGAAAGCGUUGAAGCUUCAGACACCACAACAGCACAGGACAGCGAGAAAAACACCCAUGAAAACACAGACCCCCAGGAUGAACAGGAAACAAAGAGUGUCCAAGAGAAGGCGCUUGUUCCAGAUGAAUUCAGGAUUGGGCCGUACCAGCCAAACAUCCCUGUUGGUGUGAAUUAUGUGGUACCCAAAACAGGGUUUUAUUGCAAAUUGUGUUCCCUGUUCUACACAAAUGAAGAUGUUGCAAAAAAGACCCAUUGCAGCAGCCUUCCUCAUUAUCAAAAGUUGAAGAAAAUUCUGGAUAAAAUGGCAGAAGACCACAGGCAAAAGAAAGAAGCUUAAAAGGAAGGAAGGAUGUAAGGAAAACAGUGGCUUUGUUUUUAAUGUUAAUCUUUUUUAAAAGCAGUACCAGUAGUAAAUGGAAAUACUGUAUUCUUUUUUGUUUUAGUGAGAUACAGUAGGCAUUAUAGGUCUGUUCAUGUGUUAAAUGUUGUAGCAAAAAGCAUCUGCAGUUAAGUUAAUGACAGAAAUCUGUUCUUCAUGGGAGAAUGGCAACAAGUUUUCGUUUUGACACUUCAAGCUAUUAAAGAAAAAAAUCUUGCACCUUUGUGGAAAGCUCAUCUAUGGGAAGAAAACUUCUUCAUUUCAGUGGAAUUUGCUACUUUUGAGCUUCAGAAAUUGUCUUUCAAUUCCAUUCUCAAUAAAAAAUCAAAAGUAACACUGUAUUUCUAUUUUCUCUAGAACAUUCCAUGUUUCAGUCUGAGCCUAGCAGGUAUUUAAUUUCCAGUGUAAGGCUGUCAUUGCAUUUCACUUUUGAAAAGUCUUUAAAUGUAAGUUGCAUUUUUAAAUGUUGAAUUGCAGUUUCUUUUAAUGUCAUUGCUGUUAUAUAGCAAAUAGGAGAAGUAGUGAUUAGCCAGCUUUAAAACUUUGUGCUUUUUUUUGCCCCUAAGCUCUUGAUAGAUUUUCCUAUUCAGCUACUCCGUGUAUAUUUAGUGCAAAGUAAAUGCCCGUUCUUCUCUGACCAGUAUUAUUUCCUUGAGCUCUUCCUGCUUUUACUUGAAUCCUGUAGCUGUCGUACAUCUCUAGCACAUCCAAAAGCAGCAUUCGAGUCCUGAACUGUAAAAAGGUAUCUUUAUAUUCUUCACAUGUAAUUUUUUCAUACCUGCAUUUUAAACCCAUUUUUGGUUAAAACCUGGUUUCGUCAAGAAUCUUUAGAAUUGUGCUCUUAAUGUUACCUGCACAUGUGAGAUGUGGACAGGAAUAUUUGCAUGUGUAACCUGUGUUUAUCUGUAGGUUUUGUUAUUUACUGCUUAUUUGUGAAUUCUAAAGGUUACUAAAGUGAUUUACCAAUAAAUAAAGCUAGGCGCCAGUACUUUGUUAUAGCUGUUUGGCAUGUUAACCAGUGUGUUACUGAACUCUUGCCUCCUGUGUUCAUGAUACCCCACUGAAACUCUAGCUCUCUUUUUAAAAUCUGCAUGUUUUAACACCUGUGAGUUAGCAGCUUUAUUGCAUUACUUUUUUUCUUUCUCUUUCCUAAAACCUCUUUCGUUUCCAAACAAAUUAAAAUAUCACUUGUUAAAACA